CUUUGACUGCCCGCACACGACCAUCGUUCUCCGCAACAUCCAUUCAUAAAAUCUGAGAGAGCUCAAGGUAUUUUCUGGUACUCCAGAGAAAGAUAUACUCCCAGAUUACGCGCGACGUUCUUUUGAAAAUGUUUGUCCUCAGAAAUGUGGGUAAGCUGAUCUUCGGCGAUACCUCCAAGGAAUCUUUGGUCGAACUACCGCAAGGGCAACUUUACCUCGUCCGACCGCUUUCUCCUAAGGGAUACUCAGAGCUCAUCUUCAAAGACGCUGCCGCGAGAAUCCGACGAACGAACCAGGAGUACCAAUACCAACUGGUCAUACAGCGGGCAUACGAAGAAGGCGAGGAGGAUCUUGCUGACGACGAAGAUGGUGAAGACCCAGAACUUGCUGCCUUAGCUGCCGAGCGAGACGAGAAAACAUUCCUGCUUGACGAAAGCCUGCAUUUCAGAUCUGAGAUUCGGGAAGGUGGAGAGAAGGUUCUGGCCUGGAGAGACUUGAGUGGGGACGCGGGUGACCUCUACGAAUUCGUUUGCGACAAUUCGAUCGACGACGCUCAAGUUCAGCAGUUCGAGAUAACUGCUGUCCACUGCCAAUAUGAGCGAAAGCACCGCAAGAAUUACAACACAGCAUCCGAACAAGAUCUUGCCGAGUUCGCUUUCGAGGGCGAACAACCCAUACCCCGUGCGAGUCCUACACACAGUCCCGUUGCUCUGUCGCCAGUAGCCACUAUGCCCGGACCAUCGGGAACAAGAAGUACUGCCAAUUCGGCACUGAAGAGGGAUAGCACGUCCACUAAGGCUUCUCGCAAGAUUCCUGUUCGAGAAGAGACUCCCACAGCGGCACCACCGGUCGCUACACAUCCUGAAUUGAGGUCUGUUUUGGCUGUUGAGCAUGCAGAAUUACACCUCUUUGACUUCCAAUCAGGGGCAUUCAUUCUCCAGGACCCGAACGUCGAGGCAACUGUAGCUGAAGUUGGGACGUGGAAAUACUGGUUGCAGAUCUCGAGCGAAGACAAAGAUUGGCUUGGUCAAGAAGUCAUUGCUGAUAUCAAUCCAGUGUUCAACUUUGAAUACUUAUCCUUCAUCUUCAAUGCAUACACCCCAAACGGGGAUGCAUACUCCUGGCUUCUUCGAUUCAAAGACCAAGAGACUGAGACUCGUUUCCAGGAAGGGUUAAUGCAAGCGUUGUGGGAACAAUUGAAUGAGAUCAAGUGGAACAAAAACAAGGAAGAAGAGCGUGAUUACGUUCUUGAGGCAUUCCAAGAUCUUGCAAUGGACGAUGCUCCGGAAGGCGAGGGUGAGGAAGAAGAGGAGGAGGUGGUCGAAGAUGAUGGUCAGCGAAGCGAGCAUUACGAUAGCGAUGAGGAGGAGGACGAUGUGGUCACCAGGGACGACGAUGGCAACGUCAAUUCGCAACUUGCAGUCGGCUACAAGCAUGAUCGAUCCUUUGUCGUUCGUGGAUCUAAGAUUGGCGUAUUCAAGCAUACACCAAACAAUAAUCUCGAAUUCUCGACGAAUAUUUCGAAGGUGGAGACUCCCAAGGGCAAGCUUUUCAGUCCCAAGAAAGUCAUGCUGCAUGCCGAGGAUACAAACAUGAUCCUGCAGAAUGAGGCCGACCCCAACUCACUCUAUCGUAUGGAUUUGGAGUAUGGAAAGAUUGUAGACGAAUGGAAAGUGCACGAUGAUAUCCCGGUCAAUACAUUCGCUCCCGAGAGCAAAUUCUCUCAGAUGACUGGCGAGCAAACCUUCCUUGGUCUGUCCCGAAAUGCUCUCUACAGAAUUGAUCCUCGUCUCGCUGGUAACAAGUUGGUCGACUCCGAGCUCAAGCAGUACGUCUCCAAGAACGAUUUCUCUGCAGCUGCCACAACCGAGAAGGGAUAUAUUGCAGUCGCCAGCAACAAAGGAGAUAUCCGCAUGUUUGAUCGUCUUGGCAUCAACGCGAAAACUCAUAUUCCCGCCCUCGGAGAGCCUAUCAUCGGUCUUGAUGUCAGCGCUGAUGGUCGCUGGGUUCUUGCGACCUGCCGCACUUAUCUCCUGCUCAUUGAUGCUCUGCAAAAGGAAGGCAAGAACCAAGGAAAGCUCGGCUUUGAGAAGUCCUUUGGCAAGGAUUCGAAGCCUCAGCCUCGCCGCCUGGGCUUGACUCCUUCUCAUGUUGCACAAUUCCAACACGAGACUGGAGCACCAUUAUCAUUCACACCUGCACGAUUCAAUACCGGGGAGGGCUUGUCAGAAACCUCUAUCAUUACUGCCACGGGACCAUUCAUCGUCACUUGGAACAUGAAGAAGGUGUUGAGAGGCAGCAAGGAUCCGUACAGCAUCAAGAGAUAUGCUGAAGAGGUCAAGGCGGACAAUUUCAAGUAUGGAAGCGACAAGAAUGUCAUUGUGGCAUUGCCUAAUGAGGUCAACAUGGUUGCGAAGCAAUCAUUCAAGAAGCCAACCAGGGAAAGCAUUGCUACCCCAGUUAGGAUCGGCGGAAGCAGCCUUGGUGGCAGAAGAAGCUCUGGUAGAGUCGGGACCCGAGACAGUGCCAGAUACAAGCUUGGAAAGGACGACAUGGUUAAUUCUCCUUAUUGAGCUGGGAAUUUUGUUUUCUUCACGACUUCACGACGGCGGGCGUUUUGGCUUCAUUCUGGUAUGGGUUGAUGGAUGGCGGAGACGACAAUCUCCCUGGAUUCUUUUAUUAAUGACGAAUGCGUCAUUCAGUGCAGCUGAACUUGUCAGCAUUAUUCGACACUUCAUGUAUUUAGCAGAGAAAUACCAAUACCCCAAUUUCACUUCAGCCCGAAGUCUAAGUCUCAACUUUGUAAUCUUUUCGCACUGCAUUGGACUGGG